AUGAAAGCUAGAGAACCCAAGAAGGCAAGGGGUCGUGUCAAAUGGGAUGAGGAGAACUUGAAUGACAUUGAGUCAAACAAACCAGAAAGAGAGAAGAUCACCGAGCCUAAGACACCUUACCACCCUAUGAUCGAUGAAGAUGAAGGGCCUGUUUCACCGUUACGUCUCAGUGAAGAUUCAGUGGAUAAAUCUGCUCAUGCUGAUGCCAUAAAGACUGCUUUAGCUGAAGCUGUUUCAAGUGGGAAGAUUUUUGACAGAAGUGGUUGGGAUAGGUGUGACAGUGAAGAAGACAUAAAACAAGGGAAAGCUUUUGAAGAGCACCGGAAGGUUCACUAUGAUGAAUACCAUAAGAUGAAGGAACUGCUUCAGAAGGGAACCAUGAAUGAUGACUCAGAUGAAGAUGAGAGGGAAGUAGGCAACAGGAAGGCUUGA